AAGAAAUAUUUUACCCUAAAUUCUUCAUGGGAUCAGAGCCAACCUUAGGCUGUUAGAAUUCUUGGCCUUCAUUGCCGCUUUAUCUUGGUUCUGCUUUCAUUGCAACCAACUUGCUACUCUAUUUCUUGAGUUCUCUUUGAAACUAGGAUUGGCCUUCAAUGCCAAAGCUAGCUUCACUUCAAAAUGUCAAACAAUUCAACCAAUAUCCAGAGACCCAAAGAAGUAUCCCCCCAGGAGAUGGUGACUCAAAAUGAAGAAAAGUUUAAGGAGUUCAAUCAAGAGGAGAUUGAGAGGCUACGAAGUCUUCUUGAUUCACUUAACAAAACUUUAGGCUCUUGUUCUCUCGCUCAAGCUGGUUAUUCUCCCACACAAAAAGGGUACAAGUGGUAUGACCCCUCCAGUAGGAGAAUUCUUAUCUCUCUAGAUGUCACAUUUAAUGAAGUUGAGUCAUUCUUGAAAUCUUCCCGAUCUCAUCCUCAAGGGGAGAGUGUUUUGGGUGAAGAUGAACAUUCUGGUUCCAUUUCCUUUCUAGAAGAACUGGGUGGUCUUAAAUCAGCUAAGCCAAGUUCCCUAAAUUCCCCAAGUAACCCAAUUGAACUUGAAUCAACCAUGCCUAACCUCCAACUACAGCCUUCCUCACAACCUGCCAAUCCUAAAAUUGUGCCUAAUCCUGGAGUCACUACAAAAUCACAAGAACAAAAUUUGGUUCAACCUCCAUCAAAACAACUGAAGCCAUAUUCCAAGAGGGUACAACCUGCACUAGUCCAGCAGCAAAUACAUGAAUCCGACUUGAGUUCAGUACAUGAUGCUUUAAGAGAUAGGAAUUGGGCAUGUGCCAUGAUUGAAGAGAUGAAUGCUUUAGAUAAAAAUGAAACUUGGGACAUUGUUACACGUCCUAAAGAAAGAAGAAUAGUGGGGUGUAAAUGGGUCUUCACAGUAAAAUUUAAAGUUGAUGGAACACUUGAGAGGUAUAAGGCAAGGUUAGUUGCGAAGGGUUACACACAGACUUAUGGGGUUGAUUAUCAGGAAGCUUUUGCUCCAGUGGCAAAGAUGAACACUGUCAGAAUUUUGUUAUCUCUUGUUGCUUACUUUGAUUGGGGACUUCAACAAUUUGAUGUGAAGAAUGCAUUUCUUCAUGGGGAGUUAGAGGAAGAGGUAAACAUGGAACCAACACUAGGAUUUGAAAGAAACUUUGGCCUUGAUAAAGUCUGCAAGCUAAAGAAGGCAUUAUAUGGAUUGAAAUAGUCGCCAAGAGCUUGGUUUGGAAGAUUUACUAAGGCAAUGGUGAGAUUUGGGUACAAGUAGAGUCAAGGUGACCAUACCCUCUUUAUUAAACAUUCAGCAAAGGGGAAGAUUAUUGUGUUACUGGUAUAUGUGGAUGACAUUAUAGUUAAUGGAAGUGAUGAAGAAGAAAAAAGGAGGCUCAAGGUUCAAUUGGCUAGAGAGUUUGAAAUCAAAGAACUUGGCAAGC